AUGAGUUCCAAUACCACGAUCGCCUUCACGACCAAGCUUCGCAAGUUCGACGGCUCAGGCUAUCGCGUCUGGGCGCGCCAACUCCAGCUGUAUCUGGAAGUGAAGGACGUGUGGGGCGCUGUGCUGAAGCCUGCACCGACGUCGCUGCAACUGGCAAACGAAGAGUCCGGACAAGCUGAUCGUCCGUUACAGCAGAGAGAACGGCCGCUGCAUCAACUGGAGCUUCAGCGGAAGCUCGCCAUGACGAUCAUCCUGUCCGCGCUGACGGAC